AUUUCACCAACUAACAAAAUUCUCAAAAGAUUCUUUGCACCAUAUCUACCAACACAUCACUCGCUGAUCAUUGUUGUUUAAAAAUCCAACCUUUAAAUUAGAUUAGACUAUAUUCAGAUUUCAAUUAUCUUCUUCUUCUUCAUAAACAAAAAGCAACAAUCUUUGCGUUAUUUCAAAGCCUGCCUCCUUUUUUCUUCAAACCAAAACUCAAACACAGUUGUUGGUUAUUCACAUCAACAUCUUCCAUAUAAAUUUGAUGGAAGGGCUGACCAGUUCACGAAUAAUUCAUAUGCGUGCUUACGGUGUUCAGGGAAACACCUGUCUUUUCCCAACAUAUACAUCAUACAGAAGAAGAGUAUUUUUUGGUCCAAUCAGAAUGAUGGGACCUUCCACAUCAUCCAACUCAAAAGCCGGUUCUGUUAAACCCAUAGCGGUUUCCUCUUUAGGUCGAUUCGACAACACAUUACCUUCCAAAGAAGUUCUUGAUUUAUGGCAAAAGGCUGAUGCUGUAUGCUUUGAUGUGGAUAGCACGGUGUGCGUGGAUGAGGGAAUCGAUGAACUUGCUGAGUUUUGUGGAGCUGGGAAAGCUGUAGCUGAAUGGACUGCUAGAGCAAUGGGUGGUUCAGUACCUUUUGAGGAAGCCUUAUCUGCCAGACUCAAUCUUUUUAAACCUUCAUUAUCCCAGGUCCAGGAAUUUCUUGAGAAAAAUCCCCCGAGACUUUCUCCUGGAAUUAAGGAGUUGGUCCAGAAGCUCAAGGAAAGUGGUAAAACUGUUUUUCUGAUAUCUGGAGGUUUUCGUCAAAUGAUCAAUCCGGUUGCAUCAAUCCUUGGGGUACCAACUGCAAAUAUAUUUGCUAAUCAGCUGCUUUUUAACACGUCUGGUGAGUUUGCUGGAUUUGAUGUAAAUGAACCAACUUCAAGAAGCGGAGGAAAACCAACUGCAGUUGAACUAAUAAGAAAGGUUCAUGGAUACAAGACAGUAGUAAUGGUUGGCGAUGGUGCAACUGAUCUUGAGGCCCGAAAACCAGGAUGUGCUGACCUGUUUAUCUGCUAUGGUGGUGUCCAACUGCGGGAGGCUGUUUCUGCAAAAGCUGAUUGGCUUGUGUUCAACUUCAAUGACCUAAUAAACUCUUUGGAAUAGCAAAACACUUUCUAUUAUUCUUUUGGAGAGAUACUUUUAUGAGUAUGUUUUUGCCUACCUGCCUGCCCUACAUCAUAUUGUUCAACAAGUUUCAAAAUUAUCUGCAUUAUAUUAUAAAGAUGACUUAAUUUUUUA